AUGAGUCCAUCGUCGUUCUCGCCCUCAUCAUCAUCAUCAUCAUCAUCAUCAUCAUCUUCAUCUUCAUCCUCAAUUUUACAUACGCGGCCAUCACGGCCUAAUGAGUCCAUCAUCAUCAUCAUCAUCAUCAUCAUCUUCAUCCUCAAUUUUACAGUAUCUCCAGUUAGCCUAAUUCACCAACACCACUUCAAGUUAGGACGCUCCAACCACUUGAGGCACCACCCCGCCAGCGUCGAAUCUCCGUCAUUCCCACUUGGCAUAUGCCGUAACGCUCCGGCCAUUACGGGAGUCAUACCGAUAGGCUACGAAGAGCUUCGUCUUCGGCUGGAGGGGACAUGGCGGCCUUUGAAGAACACAUCUUUCCCGCUCUCGAAUAUGGUCGUGCAGGAGGCAACUCGGCUGUACAGUGGCGUCAAUUCACAUGACAUUGCGCGCCAGACGACGCCAGACCAGCUCCAAGUAAGUCAUCCACCCUCCUGUACACCAAAUACCUGCAUGUGUUGA